AUGUCUGGACGUGGCAAAGGCGGGAAAGGCUUGGGUAAAGGGGGCGCCAAGCGCCACCGCAAAGUCCUGCGGGAUAACAUUCAAGGGAUCACAAAACCUGCAAUCCGUCGCCUGGCUCGUCGCGGUGGAGUAAAGCGUAUCUCAGGUCUUAUUUAUGAAGAGACCCGCGGGGUUUUGAAAGUGUUUCUGGAGAACGUAAUUCGGGACGCGGUCACCUAUACCGAGCACGCCAAGCGCAAGACUGUCACGGCCAUGGAUGUGGUCUACGCGCUCAAGCGCCAGGGACGCACCCUUUACGGAUUUGGCGUAAUGGCGCGUACAAAGCAAACCGCUCGUAAGUCGACUGGCGGCAAAGCGCCGCGCAAGCAGCUGGCCACCAAGGCGGCCCGGAAGAGCGCGCCGGCCACGGGCGGCGUGAAGAAGCCGCACCGCUACCGGCCCGGCACGGUGGCCCUGCGCGAGAUCCGCCGCUACCAGAAGUCCACGGAGCUGCUGAUCCGCAAGCUGCCGUUCCAGCGGCUGGUGCGCGAGAUCGCGCAGGACUUCAAGACCGACCUGCGCUUCCAGAGCUCGGCCGUGAUGGCGCUGCAGGAGGCGUGCGAGGCCUACCUGGUGGGGCUCUUCGAGGACACCAACCUGUGUUUUUUCUCUAGCAUGUCUGGACGCGGCAAGGGCGGGAAAGGCCUGGGGAAAGGAGGAGCCAAGCGUCACCGCAAGGUUCUGCGUGAUAACAUCCAGGGCAUCACCAAACCUGCCAUCCGCCGCCUGGCCCGGCGUGGCGGGGUGAAGCGCAUUUCCGGUCUCAUCUAUGAGGAGACCCGUGGGGUGCUGAAGGUGUUCCUGGAGAACGUGAUCCGGGACGCCGUCACCUACACCGAGCACGCCAAGCGCAAGACUGUCACUGCCAUGGACGUGGUCUACGCGCUCAAGCGCCAGGGACGCACUCUCUAUGGCUUCGGCGGCUAA